CGGCGGCGAGGAGGACAUCGAGAGGCUGUGCCGCCUCUAUGAGGAGCCAGUUCCCCACCUACCUGUAGCAGUGGCUCUUCCUCUUCCCCAUCACCGACCUCCGGACGUGCACCUCACCUUCAAGGGGAUAGCCAAGCGGAGAGCACCAGCCGCAGCCCUGCAGCAGGCGGCAGCCUGCAAGCUCCAGGAGGAGUUGGAAGGACACCUGCUGCUGCCCUCACAUGUCGGGGUAGCCGGUAACGAGAAGGCGGAUACCUACGCCAAAGCUGCCCACCAUGAUGUAGUCCCGGUUACCAGAGCGGUAGCGACUUCGGACUACACGAGAUAUCGGCUACGGUGCCUGCUCUCCUCCAUUCACCCGGACCACAAAGUGGCUAGUGGCAGGGCCCCCAAGCUGUUUACAGAAAACGGCGUCUCCAGAAGAGAACGUUCCACGCUCCUGCACUUGCGGACUGGCUGCGCCUGCAAUGCGGCCCGGCUGUACGCCAAGGGCCGCGUCACAUCACCUGCCCGCAAGAAGUACGGGUACCUCGAGACUUUAGAGCACCUUCUCUGUGCCUGCCCAUCCUUGGCGCAGGAACGCUCCAUAGUGAUCAACACUUACACACGCCACGGCUUUGCAGUGGCCACAGAGACAUUCAUCGGAGCUGACCUCUGCGAGCUAUCCUGCUCAAAGCCAGUGCGACAGCACGCCAAAAAAGAGCCGCCUUCCGGUGCCCAUCCUCUAUUUUGCGACGACUGCAGGAUUGACUACCCCGGUGACUGCCCCAUACAUGGACCGCUAACACACGUCAAAGACAGUUAUGUGUCCAUUGGAGAUCCGCAGCGGGCAAACAAAACCUUGCCCGACGGCCUUUCUAUACGUCGCACGACGCUGAAGGGCACUCAGUACGGCGUGUUCGCCACAAAACCGCUGCCCAAGAGAAUCUUCUUCGGGCCUUACGAAGGCGUGCGCCGGGAAACACUGCAAACGCCGGAGACCAGAUUCCUGCGCAAGGUUCACACAGGCACCAAGGGUCGCCUGGUAGACGGCCGCCCGCUGGCGCUGUCCAACUGGAUGCGUUACGUGAACAGCGCUCCGGCCGGACAGGACCCCAAUUUGGUCGCCUUUGAGCGUGCCGGAGCCAUUUAUUACAGAACGUGCAAGGCGGUGGGAGCAUUCGAGGAGUUGCUCCUCUUGGACGAAACAGCUGACGCGCGAAAGUCAAGUGCCUCAGUGACGCAGAAGAAGGGUGAGAAUUUUUUUCGAGUUUGCGUUUGUGCGUUGUGCUGGUAAAGUGCAGCCGGCAAGUCAUGCUAUAAUUGUAGCACAUGUGUGUCCUGUAUGAGCUAGCAGACUCGCGCGACUAACUUUACCGACUGCUGCGCAGCUCUUUCGUGUUUAACAUAACAGAUUAAUAGGAAACAGAUGUGCUUGUUCAA